UUCUCUAGCGACCAGCCGCCGUAGUGCCUUCCAGUAGCAGCCCUCGUCGACCCACUCCCGUCUCCGAUCCGCCGCCGCCGCCGACGACGACGACACCGGCAGCCAUGUCCAACCCCGAAUCGAACCCACCACCACCAUCCGCCACAUCCUGCCCGCCUCCCGGCUCCGCCGCGCACGCGGGCCACGCCCCGCUCUGCCGCUCCUGCGGCGCGCCCACGACGACGCCCGUGCCUCCCCCCUGGUCGGCGUCCUCCGACUCCCCGCCGCCUGCGUACCGCCCCAUCCGCAUGCCGGCCAUCAACGCGCCCACCAACACCGCCGCCAUCGUCCUCUCCCCGGUGCCCCAGCCGCUCCCCGUGCCGCCCGCCUCCCCGCCGUUCGCCUUCCAGGUCCCCGCCAAGCGCAUCACCUCCCCCGACGACAUCGCCCGCUUCCACGCCUCCGUCCACGGCCGCCACUUCCUCGGCUUCGUCGCCGCGCUCUCCGCCUCCGUCCACGGCCGCAAGCUCUCCGACCCGCUCCCGUCCCCGCCAUCCCCGGUCGUUUCCGCGCUCCUCGAGCUCAUCUCCGCGCUCUCCGCCUUCGUCGCGUCCACCCCACCGCUCCCACACAACUCCCGCUACGGCAACCCCGCCUUCCGCCUGUGGCACGAGAAGCUCUCCGACUCGGCCAACCAGCUGAUCGCUCCGAUCAUGGCCACCGCCGGGUCGCCCGACCUCGCCGGCGCCGAGGCCGAGCUUGCGCCGUACCUUCUCGACUCCUUCGGCAACGCCACCCGCAUCGACUACGGCACGGGGCAUGAGACCAACUUCGCGGCGUUCCUCUACUGCCUAGCACGGCUUGGGCUCAUCACCGAGGCUGAUUACCCCGCGGUUGUGCUACGGGUCUUCGCUGCAUACCUGGACCUAAUGCGCACGCUUCAGGACACCUACUUGCUGGAGCCCGCUGGCUCGCAUGGCGUGUGGGGGCUCGACGAUUACCACUUCCUCCCAUUCAUAUUUGGCGCGGCGCAGUUGAUUGAUCACAAGUACAUGAAGCCCAAGUCGAUCCACAACCCGGAUAUCCUGGAUAACUUCUCAAAGGAGUAUAUGUACCUCGCAUGCGUUGCCUAUGUGAAGAAGGUGAAGAAGGGGCCGUUCGCAGAGCACUCGCCAAUGUUGGAUGAUAUCAGUGGCGUACCACAUUGGAAGAAGGUGAACAGCGGGCUGCUCAAGAUGUACAAGGCUGAGGUGCUUGAGAAAGUGCCGAUUAUGCAGCAUUUCCUCUUUGGUUCACUCAUCAAAUGGGAGGACUGAAGCAAUAUCCAAAACCCCUCUGCUUCGAGGCAAAUGUCCAGAACACACACACACACCAUCAUGUUCUGCAAGUACUCCGCCUGGAUGCAAAAGACUGAUGUACAGCGAUGCUGCUCAAUGUCUGUACCUAUAGAAGCUCACUUUCCUUCUAGCGUUAUGGGCUCCGGCUUAGGGGAUGUGCUCGGUUUCUGCAUGAUGGAUAGCAUAGCGUUUCAUCAUUCGUUGUGCUGUAGCGUAGUAGUUCCUCAUCACACCCGCUGUGGAGCUUAAAUUCUGGACCUUGUCUGUUCCUGUUCAGCUCACAUUGCUUUGGGGAUUCCCCUCUGGACAGGCUGGUAGUGGUAAUAUUAAUAACUCCAUGUACUCAGGCUUUUUGAUGUGGAUGACUGGGAAGUGAAACAGUUUCUGUUGUUGGUGAAGGUACACUGUUUGGUGCUAUUUCAUGAAUAAACAUCCUCCUGCCAUGGUAACCAAGCUGUGUAACCGUGUUU